AACACACCUCUCCUCCCUCAAACAAGAGCAAGUCGCACGGGACGGACGCUUUUGUGGCGCGCUGGAACUUCGUUUCGACCGUCAGAAUGUCUUCCACGGUGACGCUGGAGAAGACGACCGCCAUCCAGAGCGAUGGCGGCCGCGCAGGUGUUGCUGGAUCGCCCAAGCAGGCCGCCAAUAGGUCCCCUCUCCUGGUGGCGAAGAAGGGGGCAGAGGGUGGCGCCAAGGAAAAGGCAAGGUGCUGCGGGCGCAGGUGCGAGCUCGUCAGCUACGACAAGCUACCCGAGUUCCUCAAGCACAACGAGUUCAUCGUCGACCACUACCGCAGCGAGUGGCCCGUCAAGGAGGCGCUGCUCAGCGCCUUCUCCAUCCACAACGAGACCAUCAACGUCUGGACGCAUCUGAUCGGCUUCUUCGUCUUCCUCGCGCUCACCGUGUGCGCCGCCACGAUGGUCCCCACGACGGAGUACGAGUCACCUCACUUGGCGUUGGCGACGUCGUCGUCCACAGGCCUGACGAUGACCAACAUCACCGGCAACGCAAUGGUGCUGAGGAGCUACAGCGCCGACGACGGAGCGGUCAUGGCAAUGAAGGCCUUGCGCAACGUGUCCGCAGCCGAAACAGCCGCCGCCGUCCUGCCAGCGGGGGCGGGGCGCGGCCGGGUCGCGCGGUGGCCGUUCUACGCGUACCUCUGCGGCGCCAUGUUCUGCCUGCUGAUGAGCAGCGCGUGCCACCUGCUGGCGUGCCACUCGGAGCACGCCAGCUACGUGUUCCUCCGGCUGGACUACGCCGGCAUCACGGGGCUCAUCGUCACCUCCUUCUACCCGCUCGUCUACUACACCUUCCUGUGCGACCCCUUCUACCAGGCGCUCUACCUCGGCUUCAUCACCGUCUCCGGCGCCGCCGCCGUGGCCGUCUCCCUCCUCCCCGUCUUCGAGAGGCCCGAGCUGCGGUGGGCGCGCGCCGGCCUGUUCGCGUGCAUGGGCAUGUCGGGCCUGGUGCCCAUCGUGCACAAGAUGCUCGUCUUCGGGGCGCGCCCGGAGGCGCUGCUCACCACGGGGUACGAGGUGGCCAUGGGCGCCUUCUACCUGGCGGGCGUCGUCGUGUACGCCACCAGGGUCCCCGAGCGCUGGAUGCCCGGCCGGUUCGACCUCGCCGGCCACAGCCACCAGCUCUUCCACGUGCUCGUCAUCGCCGGUGCCUACGCGCACUACCUCGCCGGCCUGGUCUACCUCGGCUGGAGGGACAUGGAAGGGUGCUGAUCAGGGUCACGCCCCGAGGGCGGCCCAGGCUGUACAAAUUUGACCAGCUUAAACUUGCCCUUGACUCUUCUUCUUGGUGUGUUGAAUGGUGUUUCUUGUUUUAUCUUCUUCUGUUCUUCUGUUGACACAAGUGAACAUACAUGUAACAAUUCGAAGAGGUCUGUAAUAACCAGAUCAAUUGAUGUCGGAUAAACGGGAAAUUGCAUAGAUUGUUUUGGUUGAUGUGUA